CUCCUCAAUGAAAGUGGAAAAAUGGCGACGACAUACGCACAGGCGAGAGCCCGCCGUGCCGGGGGGGAGAAAGUGCUCUAAAGAAACACAUUUAGCCUCUUUUGCAAAUAUUUUUUAUGCAAAGCGAAAAAUACAUUCUAUAGACAUGGUUUAGUCCAUGCAAAUCCAGGACAAAGGUGUUUGUUCCCUGCAAUGGAGCCUUCGCGUCGCCGUGAAACCAGCAGGCAGGACAACCCUCUGAAAGAUGCACCCCCACAGAACCCCGAGGUCGAUGAACUGUGGGACUCUCCCAGCGAGGAAGAGGAAGCACUGUACGGCACGUCGCCCCCGUGCACCCCCCGCCAGAUGAAGCGAAUGUCGGGCAAACACCAAAGAAACCAGGCCAGGACCCCCCACCGCUCCCCCAACAAGGACUCCAGCCCGUCGGGCCGGGAUCGAGAGAGCCCCAAGCCGGUGGAGCCUCCGCCCGAGGAGCCGAGCUACAAGCAGGGUAAGAAGCAGCGCGCCGCCCUGCGCUCCACCGAGAGAGACCACAAGAAGACCUUCGAAGGCGCCUUCAUGCUGGAUCCCCUCUCCAAGCAAAGUCCCUUCGGCGGCCUCAGCAUGGACCCCAGGAAGCACUACCUGAGCCUGGGCUGCAGCAGCGGCAAGCUGCCCGUCUCCAUGCCCCACCCCCUCGCCCGGACUCACCGGCAGACGUCGCGCACGGACUGCCCCGCCGACCGCCUCAAGUUCUUCGAGACGCUGCGGCUGCUGCUGAAGCUCACCUCCAUCUCGUCCAAGAAGAAGGAGAAGGAGCAGCGGGGCCUGGAGAACAUGGCCUACAUGGGCCACAACAACGAGGUCAUCUGGCUGGAGCUGCAGGCGUGGCACGCCCGGCGCUCCACGGGCGACCAGGACGUGUUCCUGUUCACCGCCCGCCAGGCCAUCCCCGACAUCAUCCACGAGGUGCUGCACUUCAAGGUCGACUACGACAACCUGAGCCUCGGGCGACUGGCGUCGUGCCCGGCGGCGGCGGAGCAUCAGCCCCAGCCCCCGAGCUUUCUGCUCCCCGCGGUCGUCGUCGACGACGCGUCGGAGGGGGGAGAGCGGUGGCCGGCGGCGGACGAGGCCAACCGCUACGGCGAGGACCCCCUGGGGUUCGGCACCUUCCUGACGGCGGCGGAGCCCCUGAGCCCCGGGCUGGAGUGCCGGGUGCACCUGCAGCGGCAGCGGCUGGCCUUCCAGCAGGUGAAGCGGGUGAUGGAGCUGCUGGAGUCUGUGGAGGCGCUGUACCCGUCGCUGCAGGCGCUCCGGCGGGACUACGAGAAGUACGCAGCGCGCGACUUCCAGGGCAGGGUGCAGGCGCUGUGCCUGUGGCUCAACGUCACCCAGGACCUGAACCAGAAGCUGCGCGUCAUGGCCACCCUGCUGGGCCUGCACGACCUGUCGCGCAUCGGCUGGCCCGUGUUCGAGAUCCCCUCGCCGCGCGGCUCCCGCGGCCACGACGAGGACGACGACGAGGACGGCGGCGGCGGCGACGGCGACGACGACGACGACGACGACGACGAGGAGAACGACUCCACCGCCACGUUCACGGCGGAGAGCGACGGCGAGGACCGCGACCUGACGGAGGAGGCCGGCGAGGGACGCAUGGACGACCUGUCGCCCGCCCUCACGCCCGAGUUCGCCCGGAUGCUGUCGCUGGAGGAGGUGCUGCCCGGCGGGUGCGGGGCGGGCGGCGGCGGCGGCGGCGGCGAGCUGUCGAGCGCCGGCGGGGACUCGGUCUGCCCCACGGCGAUCUACCGGCCCUUUGUGGACAAGGCACUGAAACAGAUGGGGCUGCGCAAGCUGAUCCUCCGGCUGCACAAGCUGAUGGACCGCUCGCUGCAGAGGUCCCGGGCGGCGCUGCUGCACAACACGCCGGCGCAGGAGUUCGCAGACUUCCCCGACCCCACGUUGUACUGCGACUACCUGCCCGAGCUCUCCCGGCCCGCCUCGUGCACGGGCCCCGCCCUGCCCGAGCUGGGGGCCGACCAGGUGUCCUGGGGGGACCUGCAGGACAUGGACCUGCCCUCCUUCCGGCCCGCCUUCCUGGUCCUCUGCCGGGUGCUGCUGAACGUCAUCCACGAGUGUCUGAAGCUGCGUCUGGAGCAGCGGCCCGCGGGGGAGCCCUCGCUGCUCAGCAUCAAGCAGCUGGUGCGCGAGUGCAAGGAGGUGCUGAAGGGUGGCCUGCUGAUGAAGCAGUACUACCAGUUCAUGCUGCGUGGCGUGGCCUCGGACGCCCAGGGCCUGCAGACCAACGCCAACAUCGACGGCUUCGAGGAGGACCUGCACAAGAUGCUCAUGGUAUACUUUGACUACAUGCACAGCUGGAUCCAGAUGCUGCAGCAGCUGCCCCAGGCCUCUCACAGCCUGAAGAACCUGCUGGAGGAGGAGUGGAACUUCACCAAGGUCAUCACGCCCUACAUCCGCGGUGGCGAGGCCCAGUCCGGGAAACUCUUCUGUGACAUUGCAGGGAUGCUGCUGAAAUCCACCGGCGACUUCCUCGACGCUGGCCUACAACAGAGCGGCAACGAGUUCUGGCAGAGUGCAGACGACAGCACCGCCUCGGACGAGAUCAGACGCUCCGUCAUCGAGACCAGCCGCUCUCUUAAAGAGCUGUUCCACGAGGCCAGGGAGCGGGCGUCCAAAGCUCUGGGAUUUGCCAAAAUGCUUCGUAAGGACCUGGAGAUCGCUGCCGAGUUUACCCUCACCAGUGGCGUGCCCGGCCUGCUGAAGAACCUCAAGGAGCAGGAAUACGUCAAGGUGCAGGUGCUGGGUCUGGAGGAGCUGGAGGUGUUCGUCCCCUUCUGCCUCAUGCAGCACCGGCCGUUGAUCCUCCAGCUGCUGAACGCGGCGGCGGGAAACGACUGCUCCAAGGAGCCCGACGAGCCCCCAGACGACGACGCCCACCUGCUCAUGAGCAAGCACGGCGCCGGGGACGCUGCCACGCUGGCGGACUGGGCCCAGUGGGACGGGGAGCUGAUCAAACUGGUCCCGCAGAUGGAGACGGUGGACACCCUCAGGGCCAUGAAGGUGAACAACGUGCUGCUGAUCGUCAUGCAGUCGGCCCACCUGGUGGCCCAGCGCAAGGCCUUCCAGCAGGCCAUGGACGAGGUGGUGACGCUCAGCCGCGAGCAGACCUCCAGUCAGCCACUCAUCGCCGGCGCCCUGGAGCAGCUCAAGAACGAGGCGCUGCAGCUGUGCAUCAAGAUCAACACGGCCAUCGACCGCGUGGAGUUCAUGUUCACGGACGAGUUCGAGGCGGAGGUGGAGGAGUCCGAGUCGGCCACAUUGCAGCAGUACUACCGGGAGGCCAUGAUCCAGGGCUACAACUUCGCCUUCGAGUACCACAAGGAGGUGGUGCGGCUCAUGUCGGGCGAGUUCAGGCAGCGGAUCGGCGAGCGCUACAUCCACUUUGCCCGCAAGUGGAUGACCUACGUGCUGACCAAGUGUGAGAGUGGGAAGGGCACCAAGCCGCGCUGGGCUACUCAGGGCUUCGACUUCCUUCAAGCCAUCGAACCUGCCUUCAUAUCUGCCUUACCAGAGGACGAGUUCCUGAAUUUACAAGCGCUGAUGAACGAAUGCAUCGGACACGUUAUCGGGAAGCCCCACAGCCCGGUCACCGGCCUCUACAUCGCACCCAGGAACAGCCCCCGGCCCGUCAAGGUGCCCCGUUGCCACAGCGACCCGCCCAACCCAGCCCUGUUCAUCCCCAACGCGGAAGGGUUCAGCUCACGAAGCCUCCCGUGCGACCUCCGGAGCCAGCUGUUCCCCACCGGGCCCCGCCACGUCCCCCCGGGCCCCGGGGAACAGAACCACAGCAGGGCAUCUGGCGGCCUCCCGACUGAUGCCAGGGGCUGUAACUUCCACGAGAACGACCGGCUGUCGUCGGUGGCCGCCGCGCUCCAGUUCAAGUCCCUCAGCCGCCACUCCAGUCCCACGGAGGACCGGGAAGAGCCCUCGUACCCCAAGGUGGACCCGGGCAGCGCCGCGCGCAGGAGCUGGGAGCUGCGCACCUUCAUCAGCCAGUCGAAAGACAUGGCGGCCCGCCAGAGCCCCAUGGAGACGGUGCGGCGGUCCAUCCGCUGCUUCGAGGAGAAGCGCUACGGCGUGAUGAAGCAGCGCAGCAUCAUCGGCCAGGUGUGCCACACGCCCAAGUCCUUCGACAACGUCAUGCACGUGGGCCUCCGCAAGGUCACCUUCAAGUGGCAGCGGGGCAACAAGAUAGGUGAGGGGCAGUACGGGAAGGUGUACACCUGCAUCAAUGUGGACUCGGGUGAGCUGAUGGCCAUGAAAGAGAUCCGAUUCCAGCCCAACGACCACAAAACCAUCAAAGAGACCGCCGACGAGCUGAAAAUAUUCGAGGGACUCAAGCACCCCAACCUCGUGCGGUACUUUGGCGUUGAGCUCCAUCGGGAGGAGAUGUACAUCUUCAUGGAGUACUGCGACGAGGGAACGCUGGAGGAGGUGUCCCGGCUGGGGCUGCAGGAGCACGUCAUCCGGCUGUACAGCAAGCAGAUCACCACGGCCAUCAACGUGCUGCACGAGCACGGCAUCGUUCACCGCGACAUCAAGGGAGCCAACAUCUUCCUGACGUCGUCGGGUCUGAUCAAGCUGGGAGACUUCGGCUGUUCGGUCAAGUUGAAGAACAACUCCCACACCAUGCCUGGCGAGGUGAACAGCACCCUGGGAACUGCAGCCUACAUGGCUCCUGAAGUGAUCACAAGGGCCAAGGGAGAGGGUCACGGCCGCGCUGCAGACAUCUGGAGCCUGGGCUGCGUCCUCAUUGAGAUGGUCACAGGAAAGCGGCCUUGGCACGAGUACGAGCACAACUUCCAGAUCAUGUACAAGGUGGGCAUGGGCCACAAGCCGCCCAUCCCGGAGAAGCUGAGCACGGAGGGGAAGGACUUCCUGGGCCACUGUCUGGAGAGCGAGCCGCGGCGCCGCUGGACCGCUAACAUGCUGCUGGACCACCC